GUUUUCUUCUUGUCCUGGAUCUGACUGCUGGAGAUCGCUCUGCUGCCUCGCUCAUCUCGCCCGCCAUGGCCUCCCCGUUUGAACAGAUCUGCACGGCUCUGCAGUACGCAGCCUCUCCCGAACCGCUGGUGCGCAAGCCUGCCGACGACCAGCUUGCUCAGUGGGAAGUCGUUCCCGGAUUCUACUCAACACUGCAGGAAAUCUAUUUGAAUCGAUCCGUCGAUCCCAAGAUCCGAACCCUGGCCAUCAUCUAUCUCAAGAAUGGCAUCGAGAAAUACUGGCGCAAGACGGCCAAAAACCCCAUCGCUGCUGACGAAAAGUCCCUCAUUCGAUCGCGGCUCCUGGGCAGCUUUGACGAGCCCACCAAGCAGAUGUCUGCUCAGGCGGCACUUGUCAUGGCCAAGGUUGCCCGGCAUGACUUUCCGAACGACUGGCCCGAUCUGCUGCAUGUCCUGAUGGGCACAGUCCAGGCCGCCGUCGCUGAGAAGCCAGCCCCCGGUCUCGAUGCCAGCCGCAUUCGGCUGAUUCAACAGAGCGCACUGUAUCAUCUACAUCAAGUAAUCAAGGCCCUCUCCACAAAAACGCUUAUCGCCAGCCGGCAAAAGUUUGAGCAGCUGGCCCCAGAGAUGCUUCGCUACACUGUAUCGCUUUUCUAUGACCGGGCCAACUAUUUCCUCGCUGGGGUCGCAAACUGGAUCCACGGCCAGCAGGUCGACCCCGACGAUCUCGAAGGUGCCCUGCAGCUGGCCAUCCUCGCAUUCAAGUCCAUCCGACGCCUUGUUUGCUAUGGAUACAAGACGUUCUACACCGAUCCAGAUGGCCUGCAAUUCUUCCAAUACUCCAUCGAAUAUCUGCGCAAGUUUACGGCACUGAAGUCGACUCUGGCCAAUGCUACCAAAGGCAUCUUCGACGGCAUCAAUAAGAUCAUCUUGCACCACGGCAAAUUUUACCUGGAGCUCCAAAAGGUUCGCUUUCUCAGCUUUGUGCUGGCUCCAGGAUCCAUCGCCGUGGCCCAGUUUUACUGGGGGGAGAUCGAGAAGUACGCCCAGUCAAAGGAUGCCUUUCUUGCGGAUCCAUCGAAUGAGCGAUUUAUUGUUCAGGCGCUUCAAAUCCUCAAGAAUCUCAACAAGAACAGCGAGUUCCAUGUCAGGUCGCCCGCUGAGGCGGUGGCCCAAGAUAUUGCCCAGUCUCGCAAAGUGCUCUCCGAGCAGCUCUUUGUACCUGCGACCCUGACCAAGAUGUGUCAGGUUCUUAUCGCUCAAUGCCUCGUUCUCGGGCCGGAUGAACUGCAAAGCUGGGAAGACGAUCCCGAGUCCUUUGUUUCCGAGGAGGAGGCCGACCACUGGGAAUACAGCAUUCGGCGCUGCGCCGAGAAGCUGCUUACCGAACUCGUUGUCGAGCACCGUGCUCUGUUGACUCCGGUUCUGGUCGGCAUGCUCCAGGAGGUGUAUGCGCGGGGAAGCGCUUCCAGUCUCCAUGAUAUCAUUUUGAAGGAUGCCGUCUAUGCAGCUAUUGGGCUUUGCGCGCAUGAUCUGUACGAUCAAAUCUCCUUCGAUACGUGGUUCCAGAGUAAUCUCCGAGCCGAGGCGCUCAGCAACGAUUCUAGCAUGCGUAUUGUCAAGCGCCGAAUUGCCGAGCUGUGUGGCAACUGGAUCGAAAUCAACUGCUCGGCCGAUGUGCAGCUGGAGGUCUACCGGACCCUGUUUGUGCUCAUGCAGAAGGAUCAAGACAUGGUCGUUCGCCUGACCGCGGCUAUGAAUCUCAAGAGCUGCAUCGACCAGUGGAACUUUGAUUCGAGCGCGUUCGUUCCGCUGCUCCCCAUGUGCAUUUCGCUCUCAAUCGAUGUGAUGAAAGACUCUGAUGAAUUCGAUACGAAGAUGAAGCUCCUGAACUGCCUCGCUGUUGUUGUCGAGCGCAUGGAGGGCCAUGUAGCGGCAUACGCCCCGAGUAUCGUCCAGAUUUUGCCCGAGCUUUGGGAGUUCUCUGAAGAUCAGAAUCUCUUCCGUGCUUCGAUCUUGGUUGUUUUGACCCGACUCGUUGCGUCCCUACGCGAGAACUCGCCCUCUAUCCACAGCUUUGUCACUCCGCUGAUCCGAUUCAGCGUCGACACCGCGGAGCCUGCACAUGUGUACUUGCUGGAGGACGCCAUCGACCUUUGGCUUGUGACAAUGCAAAACUGCGUCCAGUCGUCGGACGAGCUCGCAAGUUUGUUCCCAAGCGCUCUUGCUCUCCUCGAGUACGGCGGUGAAAGCACAAAAAAGAUCCUCAAGAUCAUCGAGGCCUACGUUUUGUUGGAUACCGUUCGUGUGCUGCAGACGUAUGCCAGAGAUAUUCUGGAUGUAAUCGCGCGUCUCGUCGGCAACAUCAAACCCGAUGCCGCGCACAGCAUCUUGCGCUGCGUCGAUAUCAUGCUCCAGACGUGCCACAUCGCCAACUGCUUCCCAGCCAUCGGCGAAGUCCUUGUUGGAUCCGGAUUGCUUGCCAAUCUUGCCAAGACCGUGAUCGAGAACAUCGAGCUGCACGUCGUGAUUGUCAAGUACAUCUCGAUCUUGUCUCGAAUGGCACUCUACGACCCCGAGCUGUUUGUCCGAUCGAUUGUGUCGGUUGGCGGCGAGGCCGCACUGCCUGCGCUUAUUGACGCUUGGUGCGAUAAGUACGACAACAUUUCGCAUCCAAAGCAACGGAAGCUUUGUGCCUUGGGCUUGGCGACCCUCCUCCGCAGCAACAGCCACCUGGUUUACCCGAAGAUCGAGGCCAUCCUCAACGUUGUCACCAGCGCUUCGAAUGAGCUGAAGGAGAGCGAUGCUGCCGAUCCGCUCAUGCGCUUCUAUGAGGCCCGCGAUGACGAUGACGACGAGGCAAGCCCGGAUGGCAAGCGACGAGCAGAGCUCGCAAACCGCGACCCUGUUGUUGCUACUCAACUCGUCCCGUACAUGAAGUCUGUGGUCUCGCAGUGUGCUGCCACAAUGGGUGCCCAAAACUGGGAGCAGCUGUGUCGACAAAUCAGCCCCCAUAUUCUCAGCGAAUGGACCAAGGUGUCGGAGUAGGCUUGCCUACAUGCACAAUUUCGCGGAUGACCAUGGUGCAUCGUCCUGUGCUCAUUUGGCAUCCGCUAGUCACUUGGCGCAUUUCAUUGCAAAGGCGAUGGACUGGAAGAAAUAUACUUUUACUCGUCCGGAGAGUCGAU